GAUUGCCCUGGAGCAACAAGCCCUGGAGGAUUAAGAAAUCUAACAAUGCAAGCAAGCAGCAAGGUAGAUGUAAACAAAAACAUCACAUAUGCGUCCUGAAUUGUGCCGUCUUUGCGAGCGGCCAGCGGCCGACGGCGGCCAUCGGGCGACAGAGUUGGACUUGGACAAGCUGACCAAGUGGUGUUUGGUCAACUUGGGCACAACUUUGACCGGCGGAGUGAAGGACGACGACUUCUUUUGCUGUUUCUGCGUUUGGGACGCAAAAUUUCAAUUUGAGAAUGAAGCUCAAAAUUCAAAUGGAAAUAAUGAUCUUCAAUGGUGGCCUUCUGUUGAUCCAGGAAACAAUAAGAUUUUGUUUGAAACAUACUCAAAGGGUCUUGUGCAACAGAGUUGGGUGUCAUUGGAGAAGAUAAAACUUAACAAUCCAGAGAGCGAAGAGUCGGUUUUGAAAGAAGAAAACCGCGGACAAAAAUGUGUAUACUGCAGGAAAACUUUUAAACAGUUAUUUUAUCAUAUAAAAAGAAAUCAUGCGGAUAUUGCGAUUAGAUGCAACUACAAUAAACAUUGUGUCACUUACUACAAAAGCUACAAGCUUAGAGAUGCCCACAUUAAAGAGGUUCACUUAAAACCAAAAGUAAAAAGAAUCAUGGACUGCAUUUAUUGCCCAAAAAGGAACUUGCAGCUGCGAAAUUUAUACACGCACAUGCGAGAAAAUCAUUCCAAAAUUGCUAUUAGAUGUAAAGUGCCAAAUUGUGUAAUUUAUUUCUUGACAAAGGAGGAGCUGGAAGUUCACACGAAGGAAAAGCACAGAAAUUUAGAAAAACGCCUAAUUUUUAAAUGUUCAGAGUGUGCGUUCAAAGCUCCAUGUGGCAUCAAUUUGUCUAAUCAUUUGGCAACUGUGCACCAAAUAGGGGUAAAAUUAAUUCAGUGUGAAAAGUGCCCUUCCACUUUUGUAAGCGAUCUUGGCUACAGAAGGCAUGUUUAUACCAGACAUAAUUUUAAAACAUGCCUUCAUUGCAAUACAGAAGUUUUAAUGCUGUCUUUUGCUCAACAUACCACUGCAGUUAAAUGCUUGAAAUGUGAGCUUGAUUUUAAUUGCCGUGGUUUGCUCAAGAGUCACAAACAGAAACACCACAGCCAUAAUUUCAAAGCUGUGUCUCAGAAUUCUAACUUUUUGUUUAGAAGGUACAAACGAAAAAUGUACAAGUGUGUUAUCGACAAAACUAACAGGGAAAUAUUUCAGUGCAAACUCUGCCCCAGCUCGUUUUUGUCAGUUAUUGGUCACCAAAGGCAUUUUAAAAGUAUUCACCUCAGUUAUAAAUAUAGGUGUGGCCACUGUAGUGCAGAAUAUUGGGGCAGGGAUAAUAUGAAAAAUCACCUAUCGAUGAAGCACGACCUCAUCGACAAAAAUUAUAAGUGUGAAAAGUGUAAUUUGAGUUUUUUCCUGCUUAAGAAUUUCAGAGAACACCAGCAAAAGACAAAAUUUAACUGCCAGAAUACAGUGAAAUGUGGAGUUUGCAAAGAAUUAGUAUAUCGACCAACCCUAUCAAAGCACAUGCUCAUUGAACAUGGCGCUGCGUAAGCACCAUAUGUUAAAUAUUUGUGACCUUUAUUUGAUUUCGGCUGAUAAACUUAAGAAAAAUUGUAGUAAAAAUCUUUUUACAUUAGUUCAUGUAUAAUCCUUUGUUGUUAUAUUCAUUUUAUACAUUUAGUAGAAGUAAAGAGAUUCAAGAUCUAUCUUUUGCCUCAAUAAUAAUAUAAAAAAUAACAAAAGCUCCUCUAAUUUCAGUACAUGAUUUUGCAAAAUAAAUUAUAAUUUGUAUUUUUAAUAAAUAAUUUUUUAAAUCGUUUAAAUCUCAUUAACAUGAAUUUUAAUUACCAUAAAUUUUAAAUGCCCGAAUUAUCUUUUAAAUAAUUGUAUAACUAAUGUGCACUCUUCUUGUUUGAUGUAAAAGUUUUGGCUGUGUAUAAGCAACAGUUUUACUCUCAUUGUAAGAUGAGACACAGCGGUGUUAAAUUGGAAAUUUCAGU